UUCUACUGUAGUAACUAGUUCCAACGGCGUUGUAAAUUGUACAUCUGAAAGCACCUGGACUUUUUUAUAAAAAAGACUAUUAGGCGAAGAAUACAACAGCUUAGACUAGAGGAGGCACAGCCUGUAGAGUAAAAAAUAACUCUACUAUAACUUGAUGAGAUGGCUAGAUGGGUAUACGAAGAGUCCAACCUCACUGUAUCCAAACAGCUUCUAUCUAAAGAGUUGUCUGAGCGAGGCUGGGAUCGUAAGCUAUUGAAACGUAUUAGUAGUGCGCGCUCAGAGACAGCACCCACUCCAUACCAGCAGACUCUUACGUGUUCUUGGAUGAUGGAUGGAGGCGUCGAGCAAGAGCACCGAAAGGACAGACUCCGACCAUACCUACUGCCUGCCCUUGAGGUAAAACCCCGGGCGUGCGAGGACAAUCAUUAUGGAUAGUCUCGCGCUUCAUACGAAUCAACAGAUUCAG